AUAUGUAAAUGUACUCGGUCUAGUGCAUUAAAAUUUAAUUCUAAUUAGAAUACAUUAUACAUAAGUGUGCGAACUCUGUAUCUGGCGCAUUUGAAGUUUAUCCUACCAGUCUUACUAGACGUGUUUGAAAGUCCUCUGUUGAUUACACCUAACAAUGUUGAAAAUGUUGCUGAUCUCCACAGCCCUGUACAUUGCGGUGUACUUGAAGGGUUGUAGCUCAGCCAAGCAUCCAGACAAUGAAGAUGAAGUGCGAUAUAGGCACAAUAAGCAGGCACAAGCAGCACGCCAAGCAUCUUACGAGCCACGUGUAUGGAUCGAUAACGCACCGGACUGCCAAGCCGAUGCUUCCCACUGCCAACAUUUCGGCUUGGAAUACGUGCGCAGCGACACCAUAAGCGAGCUAGGUCACGCCUGUGAGGGCGGCACCAAAGUUAUGUGCACUCUACCGAACGUGACUCCACUCGCCAACCCAACUGCCGUCAACACCCUCAAGAUCAUCUCCUACAACAUCUUCGAACUGCCUUACAGUGCUAUACAGAGUGGUCAGCGAGAGCGCACCUGUCGCAUCCCUGCUGAGAUCUUCAAGCUUCAACCUGACGUUGAUGUCAUCGUCUUCCAAGAGGUGUUCCUGGGCGGAUGUAUCGUCACUGAUGACGACGCUACUUCCCUGACUUUGAGGCAGAUCCUUCGAGCCUAUGGCUUCGUCCAUUUCACGCAGACCGUGGGGGACCAUGAGCCAAAGACGCUUCCUAAAAUGUUUAAUGGCGGGGUCUUUAUCGCUUCGCGAUGGCCGAUUGUGACCGAGACCCAAAAGGUCUUCGUAAACUACGACACUGUCUCGAUUUAUGAAGCCAUGCUAGCCAAAGGGGUCGUUUACGCAAAGGUCAAGAAAACCAACGCAGGGUUAAGCAAGAAUUAUCACAUCUUCGGCACCCACAUGCAGUCAAGUGAGCUGCCCACAUCUGUGAGCGUGAGACUUCUUCAGGCUGGUGAAAUCUACGAAUUCAUGCAGCAGCAGAAGAUUCCAGUCGACGAACCCGUCCUGCAUGCUGGAGAUCUGAAUGCGAACAACAUCGGUAAACCGGAGCACGCACAGGCAGUGUUUGACACUCUGCAGGCAACUUUGCCACUGUUACGCGGAGUCCUCCGAAUCACAUACGACUACCAACACAACGACUUCAUUGAAGACACUGAUCCGGCGGAAUUCCUGGAUUACAUCCUCUUCUGCCGCCUUCAUGAGCAGCCGACCAACAGCGCACUUGAGGUGUUUCGACCGCUGAUCCCUGAUCCCCUGGAAAUCUGCAGAGGAGAUAUCCCGUAUGGAUCGUUCAUGUAUCCAAACGAUCCCGACUGCCCUGCAGUGAAGACGGUGACGGACCUGUCUGAUCAUAAUGCCGUACUUGGUGUGUUCACCUAUCCACAAAGUACCUCAUCGGGCAAGUUCGUACUCACACGAUCCAGUGGUGCCAAGAAGCAAGAUAUUGAAUAUUAAAUCGUUGCGUGUAUGAGUUACAUCGCAGACCGUGGUAAAACGCUUAACACCAAGAAUAAAGGCAAAGGCAAUCUUCUU